AUGUCGCGACGACCCGCUUCCGACAGCUUCACUCGCUUCACCUCAACCACUCCACAUGCCACGACCUUCACCUACCAACCUGCUUCCCGGCCGGCAGGUAGGAGCGUACCCUCAUCCUCAUCAACACCCUCACAAUCCCCUUCUCCCCACCAAGCGCCGCCACCCUCGAAAGAAACGGCCAUGGAAAGGGUCGCCCGCCUCCGGGCCGCGCACGAGGCCGCCAAAAGCUCCGCCGUGACCUCGCCCAUCGACCGACUUAUUUCCAGCGGCCGGGUCAUUGCCGACCGCGCCCACCGCCUGACCGCGUACGGCCUGAUCCUCUUCUCCGGACUGGCGGUCUGCGUCAGCGCGUACGGCACAAUCUCGCUCAUCGCCCAUUCGAGGAGACAAAAGCGCGCGUGGGUCGAACGAGAAUUAACACGCUUGGAUGACGCCCGGCGAGCGUUCCUGAAAGGCGAGGCGACUGCGGAGCAGCUGCACCUCCUGGAGCAGGAACGCGCCGGGCAGGAGAUGGAGGCCGCGAGGGUGCAAGAGGCGCAGAGGAAGAAGGAGGAAGGCUACUGGACCAAGUUGAAGGGGUUCGUGGGUGGUCAGAUGGCAAAGGGGACGAUGGGAGAGGAGACGGCUGAGGAGAAGAGUCGGAGGGAAGCUAGAGCGGCGUGGGAACAGAGGGGCCUUAACCCCGGUGAGGACAGCUCGACCGCCGACGGAGUACAACCUGUUCCUGCGGUGCAAGGCGUUCGGGUCGCGCCGAGCGGUGUGAAAGGCGUGGGCAUUGAUUCCAAAGGACGUCCUGUCCCUGCCAACAAGGUCGAAUACAUCGCCAGGAAAGCAGAAGACGAACCGAGAAGGGUCGAAGGGGAUGUGGCUGCAAGCCCCGCCGCUGUGGGAGGGCCACUGGAUGUCAUGGCGAGUAACGUGGUGGGUGCUGUGGCAGGACCUUCGACAGAAGGAGGGAGGAGUUGGUUAAGUUGGAUCAGGGGGAGCAGCAGCAGCAAAUCAUAG